AUGAAUUAUGCAAGGGAAGUAAAGGACCCCUCCAUGAUGAGCUAUUUGAUCAAUAGCACUGGCCGUAGAUCCAGGAAUGUUCCACCAAUAAACUUUUCUCCGGAAGACACCACGAGGGGUCAUUAUCCCCACUGCAACUCACUGGUGGUACAAGCCAUCGUAGCCAGGAAUGGAUUGAGGCGCAUAUUGGUAGACAAUGGGAGCUCUGUUAACAUCCUAUUUGGAACCACUUUUAACAAAAUGAUGGUGGACCACGAACUCACCCCCAUGACCGCUCCCUUAUACAGUUUUACUAGUGACAACAUUGUCCCCAGGGGGAGGAUCACAUUGGCAGUGGAAAUGGGAGAGCAAUCAUUUAAGGCUCAUCACUUCAUGAAAUUCCUCAUUGUAGACUACGAUCUGCUUACCAUGGAGUAUUUGGACAACCCGCCUUAA